AUGGUCCAGGCCAAGUUUCUGUCCCAGGAUCAGAUCAAUGAGUUCAAGGAAUGUUUUUCCCUCUACGACAAGAAACAAAAGGGGAAGAUAAAGGCCUCGGACCUGAUGGCAGUGAUGCGGUGCCUGGGAGCCAGCCCCACGCCAGGGGAGGCACAGAGACACCUCCACCUGCACAGGAUUGACAAAAAUGCCGAGUUGGAUUUCUCCACUUUCCUCAAUAUCAUGUACAGGCAGAUGAAGCAAGAGGAGCCCGAGAGGGAAAUCCUCACUGCCCUGUCCAUGAUAGACAGGCAGAAGAGAGGCGUCAUCACCGUCUCGGAGCUGAAAGCCAAGCUCACCCGACUGGGAGAGAAGCUCUCCGAGGAAGAAGUUGAUGACCUGCUCAAAGAGGCCAAAGUUGGACCAAACGGAACAAUCAGAUACGAGGAAUUUGUGCACAAGAUUUGUCUUCCAACAGUCGAUUACUGA